GCAAAGAACCAUUUCAAAAACCAAGUGUCCCAGUUCCGUGUUCAUCAUUCAGGCGCCGAGGCUGGGCCGAGCCGCAGCCUCCGGUGGUUCUCUUGAUUGAACCCGAGAUUGCGGCACCAAUGUGACUUAAAAUAAAAGAAAUCUCAAACAGGGUCGAGAGAGCGGCGUCGGUGAGUGAGCGAGUGAGUUUGUCGGCUGCAAGAGUGGCCGUGGGUGACCCCCCGAGCCGGGGGGUGAAGAGCGAGGCUGGCCGGAACGUGCCCUGCCGCCAGCCGGGCGAGGAUGAGGCGUUUCCUGAGCAGAAAAGGCCGCUUCUCCCUGCGCCAGAGCAAGUCUGGCCCCCGGAGUGCUUGCAAGGAUUUCUAUCUCGGCCUACCCGCCACCAAUCAGAACUGGCCUGAGGCUUUUGGCUUCCGCCUGGGUGGCAGCGGGCCCAGCUACAUCUUGUCUGUGGUGGAGGGCAGCAGCGCCUUCCUGGCGGGCCUGCAGCCCGGGGACCAGGUGGUGGACAUCGAGGGGCAGGAUGUCACCAAUCUCAGCACCCCGGCUUUAAUUGCCCUGGCUCAGACCCUCAAGACGGUGCCACCCAGCAUCGGUGUGGUGUCACGGAUUGAACAGAUUGAAAUCACUCCCAGCCCGGACGGCCGUUUCGGCUUCACCAUUGUUGGUGACAGCCCUCUCAUGGUGGAGGACUGCAUGCCCAACGGUGCCGCCAGUCGCAGCGGCCUCAAGGUCGGGGACUACGUCAUGGAGGUCAGCGGCGUCCCGGUGAAGCAUCACGAAGCGGCGGCGGCGAUGAUCAAAGCCGCUCAGGGACGACCUCUUCGCCUCGGCGUGCUCAGCAUGGCGCGGCGGCCCAAGCGCCUUAGCAGCAGCAUGAGGGUCCUCUCGCAGAGCGGAGACAGCGUGCGGGAGAACCGAGCCCAUAAAGCCUUGGAGUUUAAUAAGAAGGUGGAGGAAGUGCUGGCAGAGGAACCGGACGUAAAGGAGCAGUUAUUUGACGUGUUGAAGAAGUACGCCGCCGAGAGGAACGUGGAGAGUCUGGCCGAGGCGCUGCCCGACAUUCUCAUCACGGAGGAGCAUCAGCAGCUUAUUGACAGCGUCAGGAUCUUCAUCCCCAAGAAGCAUCGGGAGCGUUUCGACGAGGUGGUUUCCCAAAGCCUGAUGAGCCGCAUCAAGGGGCGGAGCUUCAGCGACCCCAGCCGUAGCCGCCUACGCCGAAGCCGGAGCCGGAGCGAGGACCACCCCGAACACCUCCUGGUCUCCACCCGGGCCAGUUCUGUGCCGCGUACCCACGCCGAGGAAGGCGCCAUCCCGCCGGCCCGAGGGAUGCGGAAGACGACGUCGCUGAUCGCCGGCCACUCCGGCGGUGCUAUGACCAACUGCAGGACGGUGCGAGUAUGCAAGGGCAACAUGAGCUUUGGCUUCACUCUCCGAGGUCACGCUCCUGUGUGGAUCGACUCUGUUAUCCCGGGGAGUGCAGCAGACAAAGCGGGUCUGAAGCCGGGUGACCGCAUUCUGUUCCUCAAUGGACUUGACAUGAGAACCUCCUCCCAUGAGAAGGUGGUGUCCAUGCUUCAGGGAAGCGGCGCCAUGCCCACCCUGGUGGUGGAGGACGGCACGGCCUCGUUCUCCCUGUCGGAGCAGGACCUGGUCGGCAGCGGCCUGGCCACGGAGCGCGCUCGCUCCCCCGUGCUCAGCUCCCUGCAGUGGGUGGCCGACAUUCUCCCCUCCAGCAUCCGAGUUCAGGGCCGCACCUUUGGGCAGCAGCUGGAGCACCUGCUGACCGUCCAGGAGAAGUACACCAUCUGCAAGGCCCUGGAGAACUUCUUCCAGCACAGAAAUGUUGACACGCUGAUCGUGGAUGUGUUCCCCGUUCUGGAUACUCCAGCCAAGCAGGUGAUCUGGCAAUUUGUCUACCAGCUGCUAACGUAUGAAGAGCAAGAACACUGCCAGGGCAAGAUCUCACGCUUUCUUGGAUUCAAGGCGACAGUUCCACCACCACCACCACCUCCUCCCCCUCCUCCAGAACCCGAGGUUGAGCCCCAUCGCCGUAGCAGCUCCGUGAGGGUAACGGGCACCACGUACAGGAGCAGUGUGAGGGGGCGGAGCUCUGAUGACCUGGUCAUUGGCACACACUUGGGCAUGGGCUACCGUGCAGACUCACUAAUGGAGGCUGGCAUGAGGUUGGCACCAGGAGAAAGACAGUCAGGAGACGGUACUUCCCUCCCCGAGACUCCCAACAACCUCACCAAUCUAUCAGCCGUGUACGCUGAACUGGAGAACAUGUACUCAGCCAAGAGAUCCAAGUCUCUGAAGACUCGCCCUCCUCCCGCCCCUGAGACUUUGCUGGAUCUGGACUCUCCGUCCCGCCCUGCGUCCCCUACAAUGCGUGCUAACACAGGUAGUCGUAAAGGCCCCCCACCUCCCACCACCUGGCCAGAGCCUCCUCCGAGUCCUCCCCCGUCCCAGUUCUACCCUUCAGGGCUGACCAGUCAGAACAGCGUGGACUCAAACCCUUACAUUAGCCUGGACAGUCCUCCGUCAUCGCCGCCGGAAACCGCUGACUUCCUGUCGAGUCCCCCGCCCCGUCGCAGUAGCAAACGCCGCUACACCUUCUCAAAACCGCCUCGGUCCGAAGACACAGAUCGCUUUCUGGAUGCCCUGAGCGAACAGCUGGGGCAGCGGGUGGCCAUCGUAGAUGACUUUCUCACCCCCGAGAAUGACUACGAAGAGGAUGUUGUGCAGAUGGCCUUCCCAGAUGACGAAGAGGAGGAGAAUGAGGAAGAGUUGUGCAUGGAUGAAGAAGAAGACGACAACGGAGGAUUUGUGGGUCCUGAGCUCAGCAGCCCGAGCGACGUUCAGAGCAGUUGCGGAGAGGAGAACGCCUCCUCGCUCACCUAUUCUUCCUCUUCUGACCACAUUCCUCCACCCCCCAUGACUCCUCCUCCACCUCCUCCUGUUCAGUUCCACGACACGCCUGCUCCUCCUCCUCCUGGUGCAGCCGCGCAGUCUCAGCAGCAGCAGCAGCAGCCGAGCUACACCCCCGAGCAAUCUCCAAGAACUUAUGUGCCCGUCCGCCGCAAGUCCGGGCCACCUCCUCCGCCUCCACCUCGCAAUAAUCAGCCGCCCAAACGACAGUCCCUUCAUAAAGUGCUCCCCACUCAAGACGAGAUGCAGGUCCAUGCUGCCAUACAGGAGCUGAAGGCCUAUCAAGAGCAACAGGAAAGACAUAAUUACGAGGAGCAACAAGCGUAUAAAGAGAGGCAAGCCUAUGAAGAGCAGAAGACCUUUGAGGAACAGCAGGCAUACCAGGAGAAAAUGUUCAAGGAGAGACAAGACUAUGAGGAGCAGAAGGCGUACGAGGAGUUGAAAGCUUACGAGGAGCAAAGGUUCCAGGAGCAACAAGCCUACCAAGAAAGACAAGCAUUUGAACAGCGUCAAGCCUUCCAGGAGCAGAAAGCCUACGAAGAGCAACUGAUGCAGCAGAUCUACCAGAGCCACCACUCCAUGCCGUCCCAGCCUACCCAGCAGAAAGCCCACUCACCGCUACUGCUCCAGCAGCUGCACCAGUCUUUACCGCCAAUUCCCGCUCCGGAAUCUACCAACAACCAUGCCCGCCAUCCACUUUUUAUGAUGCGCCAAGCGCAGCAGCAGCAGGGUCAUCAACACCACCAGCACCACCGACGUCAAUCCCGCUCAGCCCCGCCACCACAUCAGCCGCCACCUCAACCCCCAGCCAACCCCAGUUCGCAGUACUCUGAGGGCGUUUACCAAAGCCACCAAAGCUUCAGAGCGCAGCCCCACCACUCCUCUGCAGAGAUGCUCCACCAGCUGCAACAAGCCCACCACAACCAGUCGGCAGAGAUGCUGCAGCAACCCAGUGUCCACUACUCGUCUGCAGAGAUCCUCCAUCAAAUACACCAGUCCAAACUCCAUCAGUCCUCUAAGGAACCUCUCCAUCAAGCCCACCAGAUGAUGCAGAUGCAGCCUCACCACUCCUCCACGGAACUUCUCCAUCAAGCCCACCAGAUGCACAGGGGACAACCCCACCGCUCGUCCACCGAGCUGCUCCAUCAACUACAUAAGCCUCACCACUCCUCCGUGGAGCUCCUCCAUCAACCCCAUCAGAUGCACCAAGCAAAGCCCCACCACUCCUCCACAGAGAUGCUGCAUCAAGACCAGCAAGAGCCUUCUUCGCUCCCUGUUCAGCUCACCCGCGAGAGCCACUUACAGAGUCGCAGAAGUCUCAAAGGUCACCACCAGACCCAAGUGUCACCCCAGGGGCCGACGAUCCAUCAUCACCCGCAGCCCAUCAAACCGUGCCCCCAGAGACCGCAUUCGAUGCAGCAGACACACCACCACUCCAGCGCCCCUCAGAUCCACCAUAUCCACCACAUGACCCCACAGCCCCCUCCACAGGACUUUAAGCACCAGAUUCAGGUCAUCCACCCACCACAGCAGCAGCCCCAGAGACCCCACCCCCUUCUCUCAACAUUCCAGCCCCUCCAGCCGCAUCAGCCUACCCUCUCCACAUUCCAGCCUGUGCCCCAACACCAGACCCAGGCCACCACCCAAACCGCCCGUCCCCAUUCUCAACCCUCCCACCAUCUGAUGCAAUCCCAACAAACCCAAGUCCAGUCCCACCACAAGCCACCCCAGGGCCAAAAUCAGCCCGUUCCCCACUCUCUAUCUGACCCUGUAGAGCCCCUGGAGCCUCCCCCACCACCCCCUUUGCCUCCACCCUGCUCCCCUCCACCCUUACCCAGGCCCGCUCUCUCUAGGAUGGACUCCCAUCACAUGAGUGUCAAGAGGCUGCGCUGGGAGCAGGUGGAAAACUCGGAGGGUACGAUCUGGGGACAGUUGGGAGCUAAUUCUGAGCAUGAGAAACUCCACGACAUGGUUAAGUAUUUGGAUCUGGAAAUGCACUUUGGGACACAGAAAGGAUCUUCUCUUCUUUUAGUGCCCACCCCAGAACCUUUGCCACAGCUCGACGCAUUUAAAAAAAAAGAUGUGGUUGAAAUUCUGUCCCACAAGAAGGCCUACAAUGCAUCCAUCCUGAUAGCCCACCUGAAGCUGUCGCCAGGAGAGCUGCGCCAUGUGCUGAUGAACAUGGCCUCCGACAGGCUGGAGCCGCCUCACAUCAAACAGCUGCUGCUCUACGCGCCCGACGCAGACGAGGUAAAAAAGUACAAAGAGUACAGAGACGACCCGGGCAAACUCAGCGAGCCGGACCAGUUUGUGCUGCAGAUGCUGUCAGUGCCUGAGUACAAGACCCGCCUGGAGAGCCUCCACUUUAAGUGCUCUCUGCAGGAGAAGACAGAAGAGCUGCGGGGAGCUUAUGAAUGCAUCUGUAAAGCAUCCUCAGAGUUGAAGAGCAGCAAGAAGCUGGCAAAAAUAUUAGAGUUUGUGUUGGCCAUGGGGAACUACUUGAAUAACAGCCAGCCUAAAACCAGCAAGACAACAGGCUUCAAGAUCAACUUCCUGACGGAGUUAAGCACAACAAAGACGGUGGACGGCAAGUCAACAUUUCUGCAUAUUUUGGUCAAGUCUUUGUGCCAUCACUUUCCGGAUGUGCUGGAUUUUUCCAAAGAUCUCACCAAGGUUCCACUUGCAGCCAAAGUCAAUCAGAGGACCAUCACGUCCGACGUUAACGACCUCCACGCGACCAUCCAGACCAUCCGCGCAGCCUGUCAAAAAAUGCCCACGACGGCCGAGGACCGCUUCACCGUGGUCAUGAGCAACUUUCUGGAAAACAGCCAUCCAGCCGUGCAGUCGCUGGAGUCUCUGCAGCAGAGAGCCAUGGAGGAAUUCUCCAAAACGGCUUCGUUCUUUGGAGAGGACAGCAAGAGCACCAACACGGAGGCCUUCUUUGGCAUCUUUGCUCAAUUCAUCAACAAGUUUGAGAAGGCUCUGAGCGACCAACAAGUGGCAGAACACCCAAAGAGCCCAAGAAGUCCUCGCCUGGCCUCACCACUGGCCUGGUAGCUCCGUAUAUGAGAUUAGGUGUACACUGGAUUGACUUGGGACAGACACUUUAUUAGGCACACCUGCACAAUGCCCGGUUGAGAUGAAUGGAAUGUUGUGUGUGUGCAUCAUACAGAAAGUGAAACAUGUUUCUGAGAUGUUGCCUCGUUCUAAAGGUGAGUACAUGCGUAUUAUAAGCCUGUGCGGGUAUACCUCAAGAGCGUUAUAUGAUCCACAAAUACAUUUCCGGGCGAAAAAGCAGGACUUUUAACUAAGGAUUGUGUAAAUGCAUCAAAGGCGGAGUAUUGACCAAUGAUGUACUAUAAACAAUAUGUCUAUAAUAGUUUUUCUAAAGUCACUCAUCGUUAUGGUGCGGUUUAUAAUAUAAGAAAAUAGAGUCAAAGUUGUAAAAUCCUUCAAAAGUUUUUGAGUUAAAAAAAAAAAUACACACACAAUGGUAGCUUCCCCAUUAGUUUGCAUAGUGUUUUUUUUAUUUUUAUUAUUAUAUUUUUUUUUAUUUUUUUUUUUUACAAUGGAGUUCAGGGUGC